AGUCCUCUUUACUCUUCCCUCUCUUUUCCUCAAGCACAAGGAGGGGUCACUUUCCUUGCUGUGAGCUGUGCUGCCUGGGUUUUUGGGACACGUGACACAGGUUCUCCCUUAGCCACUCUUGUGUCUCAGCAGAUCAGGUGCCCCCCAGGUCCCCUGGCUCUGGCCCCAGCGCAGCACUGACGCCUUGCCUAGGAACCACAGUUCUUUGGCCUAGACUACCCUUCAAGUUUAUUAGGAUUUAGUCCAAGUUUAUUAGGAUUUAGUCCAAGUCCUUGGUUGAGGCUUGCCAAAACUCAAGUUCCAACAGCUGGACCAUACAAUUUCCCUCUGGCUAGAGCUGGUUCAAAUGCUCCCUCUGUGUGUGGGUAGACUGUAGGGUCGUGGCUUAGUUGAUUUCAGCCAGGUUUUGCUUUCUGCUCUGAUAGGGCAACCCUGAGUUCAAAUGCAAAGUCCCACAAUCACCGCACUCUCCCUCCCCCAAACACACAGAUUCUCUCUCCACGUCAUGCAGCCACUGCCAAGGAAUAGGUAUCAGCAGUUCAAGAUUGUCUUUCCUACCCUCUUUAGUGCCUCUUUCAGCAAUACGAAGUUAAAACCAGGUACUGUGAUUGCGUAUCUGAUUUUUGGUUCUUAUAAAGGUGCUUGUUUGUGUAGAUGAUGGUUGUUAAAUUUGGUGUUCCUGUGGGGCAGUGAAGCAAAGAUCAGUGGAGGCUUCUAUUUGGCCAUCUUGUUCUGCCCUUCCCCAAGAGCAUCCUCUUAUAUAACCCCAGGACAAUGUUCAAAAGCAAGUAAUUCACAUCAAUUUAAUACCAUUACUUAAUCUACAGACCUUAUUCAGAUUAUACCGAUUAUGUCAAUAACGACCUUUUAGCAAGAAGGACAUGCAGUACAUCGGUUGUCAUGUCUCUUAAAUCUCCUCAAAUUUGGAAGCAUUCUUCUGUCUUUCUUUGCUUUUUCAUAACAUUACAUUAUUUUAAAAGUACAGGCCAGUUGCUUUGCAGAAUAUCCCUCAUGUUUCAACUCAGAGUAUGCUCUUUUGUCAGAAAAUCUCAGAAGUGAGGCUAAGUUCUCAGUGCCUCCUAUCAGGAGCCACAUGCCAUUGAUUUGUCUCAUUGUGGCACUAUUACCUUUGACUACUUGGGUGAGGCCCUGUAUGCCAAGUUUCUCCAGUGUAAGAAUACUAUUUUAUCCUUAAUCAUAUUGGCGGGGGGGGCUACUUUGAGACUAAAUGUCCUGUCCUCCUCAAAAUUUCACCCACUAGUCCUACCAUCCAUUGAUACUUCUUACUGACAUCAGUUAUUAUUAUGAUGGCUAUCAAAUGGUGAUUUUUCUAGUUCCAGUAUUUCUCGUAUGUUUGUUAGCUGGUUUCCUACUUGUAAGGUAGAAUGUUCCCUUUCCCUUUAUGUAUCUUAGUGUGAACUCGUAAGUCCUUGUUUUAUUCAAUGGGCUAUAAUGCUGUAUAUUAGUAAUUAUUUUAAUACUCCAGUUGUUCCACUUUGGUCAGUAAAACCUCUACAAGUGGAUUCCUGUGUCCUUUUAGAAUGUCCCUGUCAUUCUUCAAAGCUAUCACUAUUUAAAGGGAACUCUUUCCAAAUGGGUUGAGUCUUUUUCUAUAUGCCCUUGACUUCCUGAUGAAUAAAUACUCAGUUAAUUUCUCUGCCUGGUUAGAAAACUCCUGGGCUUCUCUGGACUUCCCCCUUCCCCCACCUCCAUUGCUACCCUCCCAGCAAGGAGGCUUCACCAAUGACUGACAUGCCAUUAGCAUGACCUUCUUUAAACACAGCACAGAGUCAGCCCCCAACACAAGGCUGCAGGAGCAGGCAGCAGCAGCAAUGGGUGGACACAGCCAUCCUAAUGGUGUUUGUUUUUCCCCUAUGUAAACCCAGCAGCGGUUGUGAAGGAUUUGCCCUUCGUUGCCUGUUGCUUUUUUGUACGCCAAAGAGAAAGCAAAUUUUGAUUUUGCUCUGUAAUAAAGGGUACCCAACAACUGAAUUCUUACCUUUAAGCUAGCUGUUGCCAAAAGGGAGGCAAUGAAGAAAGCUAAUAGACUGCUCAUUUUGAACCCAAUCUUACAUCAAAAGAGCAUAUUGUUUUCAUUGCUGUGUAUCGCAUGCCAGACCCGGAGUAUUUCCUUGUUGCCCCUGGACUUAGGAGAAGUCCUUGCUAAACGCAAGAUGUAGAAGUGGGAGUGACAAAUGAAAAAAGAAAUGAAUUAAACUUUAUAUGACACAUCAUAUAAGGAAGAAUAAUUGUAGACACAGGCAUGCAGGGGUUGGGCGUGAGUACAUUAGUCCCCACCCUUUUCGUCAGCAGUCACACAACCUUGGACAUUAGAGCCUAUCCGUCUGAUCUAGAGAAGGAAUGUUGCUGGGGAAGGAAAACUCAGGGCGAGGUGAGAGAGGACAGAACCUCUAACCAGGAAGAGGCUGUCCCUGCCAAGCUCCGGGAGGCGCAGAAGCAUGACCCUCAGGUGGUAACAGAAAACAAUCCAGAUGGGGUGCAGGUGCUGUAAAAUAAUACAAAGCUAUCUCUUUGAUCCAGUUCAAGUGUCCUCUCCUGGCUAUGUCAAUGAAGUCAACAGCUGCAAGCUAGAUGAAGACGACACUGAUAAAUUAAAAGGCAAAUGGAACAGUGAAGUCCUGGUGCAGAAAAAUGACUCUCAGAGGCAAGGCUCAAAAAAGACUGAGAGCAGCAGCAGGACAGCUAACCCACGGGAGCCCUGCUGGCCUCACCAAGGGCCGCUCCCGCAGGGGGAUGUUGGAGGGGAACACCAUGCCUGCGGCAUCAAUGGCAUCGGCCCUGCUGCCGCUCCACAGCCCGCUGGGAAUCCCAGCCCUGCCCAGGAUGACAGGGGCUCCUGGACCAGUACUGAAAAUACUGGAGUUCCCCCAACUCAACCCUUCCUGGAAGGAGGGGACACCAGGAAACAGGACUGUGUGCUGCUGGCCUCCGAAGGAACCCAAGUCAUGAGAAAUGGAGACUCCAGAGCUCCUUCUGAGGCAGAAAGUUUUGCCUUAGAAGUACAAGACCGUGUCUUCCAGAUACCAGCCCCAGAUUACCUUCAGCAUUGGGGCCCAGCUGGAGACAACAUUGACCAUAAUGAAAAGGACCGUGUUUUCAAGAACCAUACUGAGGAUGAGUCCCUUGAGGGAAUUCAGCCCACAGUGGGGGAGCGUGGUUUGAAUACGCCCUUCUCUGGGAGGAGAAGCUGGGAUUCAUUGAAUGAGGAUGUGGAAACAGAAGUUCUAAGCAUCUGCUUUAAUGAGAAGGGUCCUGCUCAUGCCAUGCCUGUGGUUGACUCAGGAAACAGGCAGGAGGAUGCCCAUGGCUCUGAUGGAGACAGAGAUGGGGAGAUUGUGGACGAGGAUGCAGCGGUGGCGGAGGCCCUUGCGGCUUUAGAGGCUGCUACUGCAGGAGAAGAUUUGGAUGAGGCUGAUUAGGGGAGGGGAUUUGCACAGGGAGGUAAGCUGGUGUCGUGCUGAGCAUGCAGAUGCAUUUGCUCCCUGGAUGCAGAGCAGGUGAUUCUCCCAGCAUGCACCAGUGCAGCCUGACCAGUUGUUUACAUCCAGCAUCUGUUCUGAUUGUCAGCAUCUGUCCCAUGCUGCUUGUCACAUAUCUGGAGUUUCACUCUGUGUCGAUGAGCUGUCAUUCAGGACACUAGGAGAAAAAUCUGAGUGGGUCAUCGUGCCCAUAUCCACAGAAAGUGCAGAAAUUGAACAGCUUGCUUGACAACCCUCAAACAUCUUUGAGCACCUGGUACAGAUGUUUAUGAGAAUACUCUAAGAUCUCAACCCUUGAUCCCAAAGGCACACAAUCACAGAGGAUUCCUUUUGACUGUAAACUGUUUACCUUGCUUUUGAGAGCCAAACAUUGUACCCAACCUGGAAAAAGUACCCCAAUUAAAGUGCCUCAUGUGUCCCCAGAGCAUGGCUUAACUUCAGGGACAAUUCACCCAGGGAACUAAGAACUAACCGGUUGUUCAACAGCGGGUUAAGCUCAGCAGUUUUCACGGUAGAGCAGAAGUCCUCAGGAAACAAAAGGUUAGUCAUUAGCUGAGAUGUGAUUUUAAAACACCUUGACCUUAACUUUUUUACAUUAUUACUUUUAAAUCUCCUUUGGGACUGGGGAGGCUGGCCAAAAUAGUCUUAAAACUGCUUGUGUCAUAUUUGGGUUUUAAGUUCAUGACUUUCAGAACAGCAAAGCCAUAUAUGCAAUGUUUUUAUGCCAUUAAAUGUCUGACUCUAAUUAAAAUAUAACAACGUAUGUGUCUUUCUGUCUUAACUCAAAGGUGGUUCUAAUUUUCUCAGAAUAUCAGUGACCCUGGAUAUUACUUUCAAUGUAAAGAGCUAAUCUAGAUGGCCGGGCACGGUGGCUCACGCCUAUAAUCCCAGCACUUUGGGAGGCCGAGGCGGGUGGAUCAUGAGGUCAGGAGUUCGAGACCAGCCUGGCCAACAUAGUGAAAUUCCGUCUCUACUAAAAAUACAAAAAAUUAGCCAGGCGUGGUGGCGGGCGCCUGUAAUCCCAGCUACUUGGGAGGCUGAGGCAAGAAGAAUUGCUUGAACCCAGGAGGUGGAGGUUGCAGUGAGCCAAGAUCGCGCCACUGCCCUCCAGCCUGGAUGGCAGUACGAGAUCCCAUCUCAAAAAAAAAAAAAAAAAAGAGCUAAGCUAAGCACAGUGGCUCAUGUCUGUAAUCUCAGCACUUUGGAAGACUGACGUGAGAGGACUGCCAAGGCCAGGAAUUCAAGACCAACCUGUGUAAUUUAGCGAGACCCCAUCUCUAUGAAAAAAAAAAAAAGAGCUAGACUACAAAAUUAUACUCAAGGAAGGGACCAAGUUGGUUUGCAGAGCCAUGACUUUGGCUUUCUCUCUCUCAAGUUAAACUUGAUGCCAUAACUAAGUGUCCUGAUCUUAUCACAAAGAUGAAUGAAGCCCUCUCUGGAUUUCAGCCUUCUAAUUCAUUGAAACAAGGUCAACCAUUCUAACAUAACUCAAUGGAGAAUUUAAAGGCAUUAAGGAUGCUCAAAACUAUUUAGAAAAAAAAAUAAACAUGGAAGAUGCUUUAGUUUGGUGUUUUGUAACACAGAAUUGAAAUUUCACUGAACUUCGUUUGAUUUCCAGCUUUGCCAUGCGACUUUGGGCAAGUUAUGUAUCCCUUCUCUUUACCCAUCUGUGAAGUGAGAAUGAUAAGAGUAUGUGCUUGUAAAGAUUAAAUGAAAUGAUGUGUUUAGCACAGUGCCUGGGACACUAGGCACUCAAAAAUGAUGUCUUACCGGUUGAAAACAAUUCCUUUAAAAAACAUUUUUACAUCCUCACAACUGAAAACUCUUAAUACUGGGAGGUGUAUAUAAUGUCAUCAUUUGAUUUUGAUAAUUAUUUAGUAUAAAACAUGAUUUCUGAGCCUUCCAGCACCUUUAAGGAUGGCACCCUUACAAAUGCUUAAUGAACAUAUGUUACCCUGGGUUUGUUUGGUAUUGUAAUGACAAGCCAUCGCAAGUGACCUCUAUAUACAGGGUCACUCAGAGUCCUUCAAAAGAUAAACUCUUGGCAUUGUUAAUUGCAUUAGAGGUAUGUCUCCUUUUGUAUUUAGUACAGCAAAUACUUAAUAUUUCAGAAUGCUUAUUCCUUCAGUGACUUCCUAAGUGUAUCAGUUGGGAUUAUGUUUGGUUGUAUGGGAUGAGUGUUUUAUACAAAUAGAGGUUUAUUUACCUCCUAUGUAAAAGAAGUCUGGAGUUAGUGAUCCAGGGUGGCAGAUACAGGGUAUCACGGACCUGUGUAUCAGUGACCCACGUAUCAAUGGCCCAUGUGUCAAUGACCGGCGUAUGAAUGACCCAUGCUUCUUCAGUCAUUUUGGUUUCCUUCUCAACGUCACUUUGUAGUCCAAAAUGACUGCUGUGGCUUCAGUCAUUACAUUUACAUUCCACGUUGGAAAAGAAUAGGUCAAAAACCCCACUCCCACUCUAUUAAGGACCUCACAGAAGUAUAAUUCAUCCCUUCCACAUAUACCCUCUUUGGUCAAAACCUGGUCACUUGGCCACAUCUAGCUGCAAAAGAGACUAGGAAAGUUGUCUUUCUAGUGGCAUGCAUGGCUUUGCGAAAUAGACUCAGAAUGCAGUGACUGAGAGGGGGAAAUGGACAGUGCGUUUCGAGGCAGUCGGUUUACAGUCUCUGCCACAGGAGGCCUCAAAACCCAAACACCUGGGAUACAGCUGGUCUCAAAAGAUUAGAAGAUUGUGUGUACAUUCAGUGUGGUACCAAAGGGGCCUCCACCUUUGGUCCAGGGGAAGGAGGACUGGACAGCUACUGCUGCUCCAACUUCCCAUUGAUAUCUCCAAACCUGACGAAAGAAGAAAUUCAGACAAGGAACGGGUAGGGUAAGGUAUUAGGGCAGACAAGUCUCUUUCUCUUACCCAGACACACACUUUUGCAUUUACAUAUGUAUAUAAUUUUACAUCUUAGAACAGCUGCAGAGUUCACCAUAACUGACAGCUCUCUAGUUUUAAAGAUUCUCUUUUAUGAAUAACUUCUUCAAAAAGGUCGACAGAUGGCCAGUACUUUCAAGAGUUAUUUAAAAGUAAUUCUGGCCCCUUUCAUCUUUACUCCAAUAUCCAGGCUCCCCCAAAGGAAAUCAGAGGAAAGGAAAAAAUCUUUAGGCUGAAAAGUAAUUCCAGCUUUAAGCCUUAUCUACCAGGUUGUCUCACAGCGAGCUGUCUGAGCACGCUUGUGUGUGUAGUGUCUUCUUGCUGCAGCUUAGUGCCACCUCUUGUCAGAAAAGUGAUGUUGAAAAUAGGCAACCUUUUCAAACAUUGUGGACAAUUUGAAGGCACAGUGCACUCUGAUAGGAAGCCACUAGCUGUGAUUGGGGCGGACUUCACAGUUCUCCAUGAACCUUAAGCAAUUGCAUCACAUGCAUAUUUACCAUGUUAAAUCCUGAUUUUGAAUUAAGAUUAUUUUAGGUACAUAUUACACAUAGGUUUCUUGAGCUAAGAAGUUAGAUGUAACUUUUUACGGGGGGAAAAUGAACUAUCAUAUAAAUAUGAAAUUAAAUUUUUUUCCCCUCGUUGCCAAAGCUGAUGUAGUGAAUAGUUAUAACUGGAAAAACCAGAUACCCAAAAGAAUGAAGAGAAUUUUAGGUUUCUUACACAGCACAUGCCCAACUGUCUACGCUCAGUAAGUGCUGGCCAUUCGUCAUUUUCCUCCCUCUGCCCCGCUCUGUCUCUCUGAUUCUCUUCUCUUCCUACCUCUCCCAUCCGUACCUCCAAGCAGGACGCCUUAGAAAGAAUGAAUGAGACACCAGAUGCAAGUACGAGCGCAAAGAUCUCCUGACUUCCCCGGUGUGGUCAUCUGUGUGCAACCAUGCAGCAGACAGAGCACAGUCACUACUGCAGCACAGGAUGUAGCCUCCUUUCCUGGACUUGGACUUGACUCUUCAUCAAGGGCACUGCUUUUCACACAACCAGUCUUUAUGAUGAAAAUGUAGAAAUUGUUGCUUUCUGGGUUUGUUUCAUUUUUUUUUCUCUAGAUUAAACCUCAUGCAUUUUAAAAUCCUCUAUUUUGGAGUUGGUGACAAACACAGAUAAGCUGACAUCUGUUUUUCAGGGUAAAUUCUUUCCCUGUUAACUAAUAGAACAAUAAGUUGUUCAUUUAUGUAUUUACUAAAUUUGUAAGUUUCUUGUAUGUAUCAGGUUAUAGAAAACACACCUAAGUGGUCUGCUAACUUCUGAAGCACUCCCAGCCACUUGAAGAAACAUUUUAUGCAAGUCAAUAUGUUGAUCGUAGAUGAUGCUUACCUGCACAUUUAGUCACUUGGAGUCAACUAUUAGCAAUUUUUUUCAACGGAAAUAACUGUACUAAACAAAUGCCUUUGGCCUGAGAUCUAAGUUAGUGUACGGCACAAGGGGGGAACUUAAUACAUAUUUGUUGAUUGAAAGAAUAAAAUCUUUUCCCGGUCUGGCUGGGGAGACAUCAUGCAGCUAGCCAGGACUGUGCUGGAUUGUGACAUGGUGUAAUAAAGGUAUACAUGGUGUAAUAAAGGAUGUGGGAGCCCAAAUCCAUAGGAAUUUGAGAGGUUAGGAAUUGUAUUAUUAUUCAGGCCCUUCACUCUCAGCCUACCCUGCUCUAUUUGAAUAAUGAGGCUUGUGGUGGUCUGUGGAAGAGUGGACAGAGUAGAAUUUGGACAGCUGCUGAAGGUUUGGUCUCUAGAAUGAGUCCACGUUACCCUAAGCACAGUAAUCCCAAAUUGAGACAAAAACUUUAAGAAAACCAAUGUUUGGGGCCAAGCAAUGGAGAGCUUGGCCGACUUCAUUUUUUAGUCAUUUUGAACUCAAUAUUUAAAAUCCUGGAGGAAAAGGAAAAAAAGGGUGUAUAUUUGUGUAAUGACACCCAGAUCUCACUGUUCUCUUGGCUCCUGGUGAUGAGGGGAGAAAAGGUGCACCCAGGGUUGACCCUUCAGUAACACCGGCAGCCAUGCGUCAUGACCUCCAGGUCUUCAGAGGCCCUGCCCAUGUGGCACGUGCCUGGUACUUCCCACACAUGGGCCUCUGUAAUCCUAACAAACCUGGCGUGAAAUC